AUACGCACGUCGUAGCAGUGUUUUGAAUCAGGAGUAUCGCAAAUGUUUCGAAUCGCUGUUUCGAGAAACGUACAAGCGCAAAGCAUGCUGGUACUUGGCUGUCAUGGCGCCGUACACAAACACACCGGGGGAAAAAAACAUCAACUGAGCACUGAGUUCUUUUAACUUGGAUGAUUUUUGUUCUGUUUAUGAGACUUGAGAGACUGACAGAAAAACGCCAUCAUGUCUGGUGGCAAUAAAGCCAUAGAGCUGCAGAUGCAGAUGCGUCAAAACGCAGAUGAUCUUCAUAACUUUAUAAAAGAACUCGACAGCUGGGAAGAGGACAUAAAGAAAAAAGAUGAACAGCUUCGUGCAGGAAACCUAGAAGACCCUCAGAAAACUCUCCCACCUGUAAGAAACAAGGAUUACAAGAAGAAGCGCAAGGUCAGAAGUAAAGCCCCUGCUGAGAACGCUCAAGGGGAGGAGAAGCCAGUACAAAGAAUAAAAUCACACGACUACAAAUCUUGGGACAAAUUUGACGUGGAGAAGGCCCUUGAGGCACUGGACAAAGAAGUCAGCCCAGCUGAAUCUAAUGACUCUGACUCUGAGGAAGCGCAAGUGGACAGAGACUCAGCCAUGAAGGAGAAGGAGAAGGGUAACGAGUUUUUCAAAGGUGGAAAGUAUGACGAGGCAAUUGAGUGCUAUACGAGAGGUAUGAGCGCAGAUCCGUACAGCCCCGUUCUGCCCACAAACCGAGCGGCCUGCUUCUUCAGACUCAAAAAGUAUGCCGUUGCCGAGUCGGACUGUAACCUGGCCAUAGCACUGGACAGGAAAUACGUUAACGCUUAUAGCCGAAGAGGAGCUGCUCGCUUUGCUCUUAAAAACCAUCAAGGCGCUGUCGAAGAUUAUGAAAUGGUUCUGAAGUUGGAUCCAGAGAACCUUGAUGCUCAGAACGAGAUAAAGAAACUGAACCAGGUUUUAGGAUCUCAAAAGCAGGAAGAAGGGCAGAUGGAGAAGACAGUGGCUGAGGUGCCGCUUACUGAGGCUGUAAAACCGAAGCAGCUGGAGAUGGAACAGCAGAGAAGACAAGAGGCGAUGGUGCAAAAAGAUAGGGGCAAUGCUUACUUUAAAGAGGGAAAAUACGAGGCAGCUGUGGAGUGCUACACUAAAGGCAUGGAGGCUGAUGCCACAAACGUUCUGCUUGCUGCUAACAGGGCCAUGGCAUACCUCAAACUUGAGAGGUAUGCUGAGGCAGAAGAAGACUGCACCAAAGCAGUUGCUUUGGACAACACCUACUCAAAGGCGUUUGCUCGACGAGGCACAGCCAGAGUGGCCCUGGGAAGACUUUCUGAAGCCAAAGCUGAUUUUGAGCAGCUCCUGAAGCUCGAACCUGGAAACAAGCAAGCGUUGAACGAGCUCAAAAAACUCAACAUGGAGACGAUGCCUUCUGGGCUGCAACAAGCAGAUGGUACACAAAAAAGAACAAUUCAGCCAAUCGACAAACCAGAACACCUCAGAUCCACAAAACCAUUGAAAAGAAUAGAGAUCGAGGAAGUUGGCGGAAAUCUCACAUCUAUAGCCGAACCUCAGACAGUCACAGCCAAGGCAAGCGCUUCAAGGUCUGGGACAUUAUCUGCUGCAUCAGCUUCUUCAUCAGAGAGAGAGAUGAAAUGUGAGGCCUCUCCAUGCUCAUCCUUCCCUUUUGCUAAGAUCCAGAAGAUAGAGGAGGUAUCACAGUCUCCUUCAGAACCAGCAGCCAAAUACCCAGAUGGAGAUUCCUUUGGAAAGCAAAAUGUAUUGCAGAAAGAGGAAAAAGUUCCCGGUAAAACAGACCAAUCAUUAUCAUUGUCUUCCUCUUCAGUCCAGCUUGAAGUUAUUCCUCCACCCCCACCUAACAGCUUCCAGCUAGAAGCAGAUCUAAGGAAGAUGGGUAAUCACUCUGAACUUACCUACAAGUAUUUAAAGCAAAUUCAGCCUGAUGCUUUUCAAACUAUUUUCAAAAACUGUGUGGAGCCUGAUAUUCUUAAUACGAUUUUGAAAGUACUUCAGAGUUUUUACACCAAAAAUGAGGACCCAUCAGUCAUAUUGGCCAUCUUGAAAAGCUUGUCAAGUGUGAGAAGAUUUGACAUGGCUAUCAUGUUUAUGUCAUCUACUGAAAAGCAAGUGUUGCAGGAGCUGUUUCAAUGCAUUUCACAUGCUGGACUGGAGGACGACUCUGUCCAGGCUCUAAAGAAGAAAUAUGGAGUAUAACUUGUGUUGUCGAGGAACAGAGGAGAGGAACUGGACUCUGUAUUAGUGGCAGUCAAAACAAGUCUGUUACUGUUAAGUCAUGAAUGUUUCGGUGAUCUAACAUCUUACACCUCACAUAUGGAGUUAAAUUAAACAUUUUUGACAGUGA